GUGUUUCACAUUCGUACUUCACGACUUCAUUGUAUCACACUGUGUCGUAUGUGUACUUACAUAAGAUUGACUGGAUUGUCUUAUUGAAUUAUUAAAUGAAAUUAAGGAUAUAUAAUGAUGUAUUACUGAAUAUACUUAUAUAUGUAUAUAUAUAUAUAUAUAUAAUUCGAUAAAAUGAAAAAGUUACAUCUGAGAGAAUAAUUGCAGCACUGAAAAUAUCUAAGAAAAGGUUAUUUUUUACGAGAUUAAACAAAUUACGUAUGUUUAUUUCUUUAUCUCAAUACAAUAAUAAAAUUUUUCAUGUUAUUUUACUUUUCACUAUUAUAUUUUUUCUGAAAGUAACCGUUUUGCGAUACGAGUAUUGUGUUACAUGUUUUGUAAAUGACUGUGACUGUAUAUACUUGUAAAAGAUAACGUAUAUUUACAAAAAAAUGUCUGAGCUUUCAAUAGAUAAAAGUCUUAUGGGUGUAGCAGCUGUACACAAUGGUUUGAUAGUAUUAAAAGACUGUCAGGCAGUUUUACGUAGAGAUUAUGCUGGUAUGAAAGGAAAGGUCAAGUUAAUAUCUGGUGGUAGAGAAGAAAGUGAAUUACUGUGCGCAGAAUAUGUGGGUCCUGGGAUGUUAACAGCUGCAGUUUUAGGACAUAAAACUGCACCUCCAAAAAAUAAUAUUCUGAGAGUUAUAGAUGAAAUUGAGUUAAAUGAUUCUUCUGGAAUAUUGUUAAUUGUACCUGAUUAUGCUGCAUAUCCUAUAAACUUCACUUGGGCUAAAUUGCGUGCAAUUGAAAAAGGAUAUAACAUCAAAAUAAUUAUAGUAACUAUUAAUUCUAGUCCUGUCACAGAGGAACAAAGUUUUUUGUGUACACAGUUUUUAUAUAAAAUAGCUGGAGCUAUGUCAGAGGAAGGAAAACACAUGAACGAAAUAUAUUCCUUCUGUACUCACCUUAUAAAUAACAAGAAAUUUCAACUUUUAAGAAGAGAUCUAACUGAACAUACAUUUGAACCUUUUAUAAGUUCAAUAAAUUUAAUGUUUCAAGACAAAUCUAAGGAAAUUUCAUACAAUACAAACAAUUAUUUUGUCAAUGAACAGAUUGCAAUUUUAGUAAACAACUUUGCUUGGCCAAGAAUACUAACUUCAGAUAUAUUAGAAACAAUUGAGGGAGGAAGAAUGAAUUUGUGUACAUCAGGAAGAUAUUGUGAGAAUGAUAACCCAACGAACACAAAUUUGCAAGGACCUUCAAUGUGUCAUGAAACUAGUAAAAAAUUUAUAUCGAUUAUAUUAACUGCAUGCGAAGCCAUAAUAGCAUGCAUGAAUCAACUGAACAUAUUAGAUCAAGAAUAUGGAAAGGGAGACUAUGGUACAAAUCUUGCGAAUGGAGCUUUAGCUAUCAAAGAUGCCAUCCAGGAAAAUAAAAUAUUGAGUAUAAAUCCAUGUGUUGCAUUUAGGCAAAUUAGUUAUAUCAUUGAAAGAACAGUAGAUGGUGUACAAGGAGGACUUUACUCUUUAUUUUUUAAUAACAUUUCCAAGGCUUUUUCGUCGUAUGAAACUACUAAACAAAUUACAGUUGACACAUGGUUCAAUGCAUUAACUACUGCAAUUGAGACAAUAAAAGAAUUUGAUGUACCUUGUAUAGAUGAUCAUGUUUUUAUAGUUGUUUUGAAAGCAAUGCAAUUAAAUCUAGCAAAAGCAUUAAACAAAAAUCUGGACCCCAUUACUGCUUUUGGUGCAGCUGUAAAAGCUGCUGAAUAUUUCACUGCAGAUAACAAAUUGAAAUAUCCUUGUCCUGAUGCACAUGCGGUGGGUAUAUGGAUGCGAGGUGCAUAUGAAGGUAUUAAAUUAAAAUUACCUAAUUAUAAUGGAAAAUGAAAAGAUUUUGCAAUUAUUUUGUAUUUUAACAUGUUCACUGCCAUAUCAUUCAUAUUUAGAUAACGAAAUCAUUUAUUAAAAAAUAAAAAUUAAUUUUUGCUAGAUAAUUAAUAGAUUGAAUGUAGAAUAUAAGUGUAAUAAAAGAGAUUGUAAGUCCACAUAUAGUAAUUUCUCCGCAAGUGUCGCGGAAUCGGAAUUGAAGGUGUAUUUCAAGGGACCACAAGACACGAUUCUUCGAGCCUCGCGGGUCGCCUUUAUAAUUGUCAACGUCUCGUGAGAGAGAGAGAGGGAGAGAGAGAGAGAGAGA